AUGCAGAACGACGCCGGGGAGUUUGUGGACCUCUAUGUCCCUCGGAAAUGCUCUGCCAGCAACCGAAUAAUUGGUGCUAAGGAUCAUGCUUCUAUUCAGAUAAAUAUUUCUGAGGUCGACAAGGUAACAGGCAGAGUAAAUGGCCAGUUCAAAACGUAUGCCAUAUGUGGAGCAAUUCGUAGAAUGGGUGAAUCAGAUGACUCCAUUCUGCGCCUGGCAAAAAAUGGGAAUUGUUUCCAAGAACUUCUAACUGAAGAAACUCCAGUAUGGAACAUCUGA